CUUUCUCCCUCUCUGUGCUUAUUGCGAUCCAUUGUUUAGUGGCAGCUGCCGGCCUUCUCUCUCUCUCUAGGAUUCCGAUCGGUUGACGUACGGCUUCAUAGUUUCAUUCGAUCUUGGCGGCAAUCAGGAUGGUUAGAGCCUAUGCUCAAGAACACACAUACAAGCAUCCAUGGGAAAGAGUGACAUCAGCAUCUUGGCGAAAGUUUUCUGAUCCUGAGAACAAGCGUACUCUUUCCCAUAUCCUCGAAGUCGAUACUCUGAGCCGCAAGCUCGAGCCUCAAGCCGGGAAGCUUUACACGACACGAGCUAUAACCAUUCAUGCUCCUGGGCCUUGGUUCGUUCGCAAGAUCAUUGGUCAGGACAUCUGCCACUGCAUUGAAUCUACCAUGGUGGAUGGAAAAACUCGAUCAAUGCAACUCAUAACUAAAAACAUAAGCCUCCAGAAGUUUAUAGAAGUGGAGGAGAAGAUCAGGUAUGAUCCUCACCCGGAUCAUCCAAAUGAAUGGACGAUAUGUAAACAGGAGACAAGCAUUCGGAUUAAACCGUUAUCUGCUUUGGCUUCCAUGGCGGAAAAGGUGGAGCAGCGGUGUGUUGAUAGGUUCCAGCAGAAUAGUGUGAAAGGAAGAGAGGUUAUGGAGAGAAUCUGCAAGUAUUUGGAAGCUGAAUCUAGAGGGAUUUCAAUUUAACCUAUAUUUUUUAUUUCUUUCUAUUUUUAAUCUAUGUUAGGUCUCAUUAGAUUUGAAGAAAUUGAAGUUAAAUCCAGACAUGAGAUCUUACUAUAACUCAUGUUUGCUUUGUGUUUGCUUAUUUGGAAAUACCUGUGUAGUUGGAUCUUGAUCUCAGUGAGAAAUUGAGAAAAAUAAUAUCUG